AUGAUCUUCACCACUGCCGCCCUUGCGGCUCUUCUCGUCUCCGCGGCCGCCGCAAAGGAUUCCCGCACCUUUGCCGUCUUGCGUCACUACGGGAAUGGCCCCCUUACCACUUGCCGCGCCGACCCGAUUGUCUCUCCCGGUACCGCUUCCGCUCACCUUCACACUAUCAUGGGAGCCAGCAACUUCGGUCUUAACGUGACCGGAGAGCACCUGAGACAGUCCCAGUGCACGACGGCCCUGCCAAAGGCCGAUAUGAGCAACUACUGGUUCCCGACCCUCUACUUCAAGGACCCCAAGGAUGGCAAGCUUGAACAGGUUCCCUUCUACUACAUGAACGUGUACUACUUCUUCGAGCCGACCAAUGACCAGAUCAAGGCUUUUCCUCUGGGCUUGAAGAUGGUGAGCGGUAAUGCCAUGUUGAGGACUCCUCCCCCGGGUGCUGCUUACGGCAAGGGCUCAAACAUGGAUCCUUCCAAGGGACCCAUCACUGCUGCUUCCAUCACCUGCCCCCGUGCCAACUUCAACCCACCAAGCUGGCCCAAAGACUCUGAUGGUUCCAUGGCUGGCAUCAAAACCAACCAGGAUGGUGAAGGUUGGGGCUUCCCCUUCGAGGACUGCGAUGCCUACGCCUCGCCCUUGCGAGCCGAUGUCCACUUCCCGUCGUGCUACAACCCCAAGGCUGGUCUGGACGACUACAAGAACAACAUGGCCUUCCCCAGCGAUGCCGGCAACGGCAAGCAGGACUGCCCCAAGGGAUGGAUUCACACUCCCCACAUCUUCUUUGAAACCUAUUGGGACACUCACGGAUUGCUCAGUCGCUUCAAGGACCUUGUUGGCAAGGAGAGCCCCUUCGUCUUUGCCAACGGUGAUGCUACUGGUUUCUCCGUCCACGGUGACUUCGUUUCCGGUUGGGAUGAGAAGGCCCUUCAGCAGAUCAUCGACAACUGCGACGCUGGCCAUGCUGGCAUGCACACCUGCCCGGGUCUGAUUGGCGGUGUCAAUGAUGACAGCAAGUCGUGCAAGAUUGAGUGCCCUAUCGAUGAAAAGGUCGAUGGCAAGCUGGACAAGCUUCCCGGCAACAACCCUAUCCAGGGCUGGAAGUACGGUACCAGUGGAAGCAUCAGCGGCAGCGGCAGCAGCAGCGGCAACAACCUGGCCGUGGGUGUCGACUCUGCUGUGCCCAAACCCACCAAUGUCGUCAAGCAGGCCGUCACCAGCCCGGCCCCGACCACUACUGUCCUCCAAACGACCACUGUUCAGUCAACCACGACUGUUUACAUCUCUGCUGUUGGUGCUGAGCCUACUGAUGCUGCCACUGACGGCAAGACCGUUGGUGACUUCAAGUAUGCUGGUUGCUACAAGGACACUUCGGACCGUGUUCUCAGCGGAAUCAUUCGCGCCAACCUUGGUCGGGUCAACAACACCGCCUGUGUGACUCACUGCAGUUCCAAGGGCUUCAGCGUUGCCGGCACCGAGUAUGGCGGCGAAUGCUACUGCGGCAAUGAGCUCUCCAAGGUCGAGAAGUUGGAUGACUCCAAGUGCCACAUGACUUGCGAGGGCGACGAUACCGACAAGUGCGGUGGUGACUGGGCCUUGUCCAUCUACAGCAAGAGCGGCGAGGUCUCGGCCCGUGAUGUUCACGCGGAGAGCCACCAUCGUCGUCACAUUCACAACCACUACAUGCACCACCGCCGCACCCCUGCUGGAAGGAUUCGCAGGUAAGAUGUCAUUUGGAUAUCUGACUGAAAUCACGGGUUUCAUAUCUUCUCUUCACAUUUACUUUUUGAGCGAAGGUUUCAUGCAGAACCUCCAUGGAUAGGGAUCAUCUAGAAAGGGAAAAAAAGAAAGGGGCGCAUUCGGUAUGAGAUACCGGGAAAGCAAUUGCUUUUCCACACAGCCACACAGCCCAAAACAAACCCGGGAUACAGGGCUCAGGGUCUGCAAACCAUUUUGACGAAUUUGAAAUGACCACAUCUUUUCGAAAAAAAGGAGCAAACGCCCAUGGAUGGUGUAGAAAGAGCAGGGCUCAACAAUUCUUUUCCACUUUGCAAAAGAGACCUUUUUUUGUUUUCCUUUCGGCUUUUGCACAUGUAACAUACUUCACUUCUUUACCCUCGUUUGGUUGGGAUUCUUGAUGCCCAACACCACACAUGUUUUUACCUUUGAGUUUUAGGAUUCCUCUUCGAGGAAAUUGAUUAGCGGCCUCUUUCUUCUUUUUGUGAAGAGGACCCAUUUGAGACAUCACACAUGCUCACAUA